UUCCAAUCCGUUUGAUGAUUGAUUGGUAAACUCGCUUCCACUGCUCGAACUUUUUGGUUAUCCGGAGCCGAUGAUCUUGUCACAGAUCUUUUGCAUCAACAAAAAGCCAAUCUUACAUGAAUCCAGAUCUGGACUAUUUCUCACCAUUACUUCCUAAGGAAGUCAAGAUACCAAGUAGGAAGGUUCCAGAAGUUUAAAGUUCUGAUUUUCAGCACAGAUUGUCACCGAGUUUUGUGCAGCGGCGUGCGUGCUGGAGUUCCUUGGACUACGUGUUCGGUGAGGCUGCACUGUUGACUGUGAUUUAUCUACGGGAUCAGAGCGGCAUUCUUCGGGUAGGGUGCACCCCCUACGCGACGCUAUCGCUACCCGGUUUCCGUAUAGGGAUUAACGGCAGAUAGAUAUACUCAACCUUGUCUCGAAAGUUCUGACGAGUUUUUGACUGGGAAUUUCCGCUGUGUACGAGUAAUUACAGUACUGAGAUUACUCAUCGAUUUAUCCAAGAUCUAACUGAAGAUUGCUGCAAGUAGCCGGACGCUUUUUGGAUAAGAAGAGUGUUCUUGACUUCUACUAGGCAGCUGGAAAAGGUUAUAGGUCACGCUUUGACGUCAGUCACCUUUGGAAUACUUGACAAUCAACCGAUUUGUGAGAACAAGCGGGACGACUUCGCGAAUUUGUUUAUUUACCUGUCAUCGGAUUGCAUCGAAAAUAGCUCACGGGAGCCAUGCUGGUCGAACGCUACGCUUUCCAAACCAAAAUAAAGUGAGAAAUUUGCGGCGUAGACUCGGUGGCGCCGGAACGAAAACUUUCUCCCUCUCCCCCCCAGGCCAGGGCUGCGGGGAGCGUGACAUUUUAGCCCGCGGGCUACGGAACGGCAGGCGCUAAUUUGAGAAUGAUAUGUCGGGGUAGGAUGCUCCGUGGUUGACAUUGGGUGACAAGCGGAGGUCAGCAAGUCACAACUGUCUUGUACCAUCACACACACACACACACACAAGGAUCCAUCACGCAACUCCGUCAGUCACUUACAGGAGGGGAGAUAACGGACAGGUAUGUGACAAGAUUAAAGGAACGUUGAUGUGCAUCUGUAUUUACAUCUACCGGGAGCGGUUGACAACAUCAAGCCAGGAAUUAUUCCAACUUGACCUCAAUUUUAAGAUAUCUUUUUCCCAGACAAGCCUGCAAGUGUAACAUCAGUCGGUGCCCAGUCACGAUGUGUAAUCCACAAAAUGGCUCCCUUGUGGUUUGAAACACAUUGGAGACAGGUUCAUUUUUGUGGGGACUAUUACUAGAGAAACACUGUGAACAGUGUGAAAGUGGAUUGUAUGUCGAGGUGACAGGCAGAAUUGCUGUGCCAUCAGUGGUCAGCAGGAAAAACAAAAUGGCCGACAGGGUUGGACACGCGGACUGCGACACCACGGAGCAGGGGGAUCAGCGCAGCCCAGGUAUGGAAGAGGGGUCGCUGGUACGCUCCAAGGACGAAUGGGGAUCCAUAAUCGAUAUCCUACACAGCAUAGAGAACACAACGCAGCCGAGCAAACCGGUGCCGCCCACGCCAAGCCCGGCUGCACGGCUCGCGCCCUUGUCGGAAAAUAUCCAGGCAGUGGAAAUGGCGCCCUCUGCGGACGGACGACAGGGUCAAGGGUUACAGCAGCUGGACCAUCUGGUCCGCAUGAUGGAGCAGAUGUGCCAUCUGCAGAAGCAGAACUCGCGUCUUCGCGAGCAGACCGAGUACUUAAAUGCGAUCAAGGACCUACAGGAACUCAGGAAUGAAAGCCUCGUGCAAAACUGUAAGUGUGAGGCCCAGCGACACUCGUCCGACCUCCGAGGUCCCGACGAAACAUUCUCGGAACCGGAGAGCACUGUCGGAGAUGAGAUGGACACAAAACGAGACUCGUCGCCGACGCGUGAAACCAGACGAGCCAGCCGGUCCAUCAAGCGUGAACCGAAAAUAAAAGGCGGGAAAAAGCGCAGCCGGUCGCUGGACCCAUACAGGAAAGACACUACGGAGCCGGGGGAAAAAGACACGGACAGGGAACGUGAGCGUGGGCGUCCAGGGAUAUUUUCCAAAUUUGAACGCAUGAAGGAGAAACUGACAACGAGAAGGGGAAGCGUCAAAAAGCACAACACGAACAAAAGGAUGGAGGAUAAACAAGAGGAAGAUGUAAAAGCAAACCUGUUUAGGCAUGACCCAUCAUCCAACGAGCAUUUCAAUCUUCAGAUGGAUGGGACAGAGACCAAAUCGGAGGACAGCGGUAUCUUCCACGUGGGUCUUGACGAAAUUGUAAGCUUGCCCCGCUUAGCGGCGGAACUGCUACCAAAGUCACCAGACGAGCUCUCGGACAACGAAGACGUGUUUACCCCUCUGCAGCCUUCUUGGAAUCAAGCGAACAAUUUCAGCAUGGAGACGCGCAAAGGCAGCGACUUCUCGACGGGGAGCUCCAGCGAGGAUUAUUUGGAUUUGAAACCAAAGAGGACUGCCCCUCAGUUGCCUCAGGAUGAUGAGCCGGUCGUGAUGAGGAGCCCCGAGCAACAGAGGAGGCGUGGCGACUCAGAGGAAAGAGCCGAAAAGAGCAGCGACGAGAAGGAGAACAACGUACGCCGGAAGAUGCGUGUCAGACGCUCAGCCAGCUUACAGGACAACACCUCAUUGAACAGUGACGACGACGAGUUUGAGAAGCCUGCCAAGACAACCUGGGAGGUCAAAGAAGCGCCGGCUGUCUUGCAGAGCGAUAACUCCGGACGACAGUCGCUCCAGAACAGUCCAUCCUACGACUUUGAGUUUUCCGACGCAAGCUUGGACAUGCACACGGGCCAGGACUCGGCAAGCACCUCCAGCUUGGAGUCCAAAGCCGCCCAAAAGAGGAAAUACUUCCGCAAGAGUCAUCGCGUGGAAGAACCGACCUCCCCGACAACCGACCAAAGAUUCAAAGUUGUGGCAUUCGAGAUGAGAUCUCCCAAAUCGUCACCACCAGAGAAGAAGAGACAUAAAGUCGGUUGGGAGAAAGUCAAACAUGCGGUCACCAGGAAACACAUCGGCGACAUCAGCAAGACCAAGGGGACCGUCUCCAUGGACGAGAGCCUCCUACGCAGCUCCGAGGAGCCCAGCUCCCCGACCGACGGCUCCCCACCGGAGGACACGCUGGCCGGAGGAAAGGUCAGGAGGUUAGAGGUCAAGAAGGGCGACCCCAAACGAGAGAAAGAGAGGGGUCCCCCACCCCAGUCGUCGUCCACCGAAGCCCAGAGCCCACUGGCCAUCUACGAGAGCCUCCAGGCCAACCUGUCCGAGGACUUUGCCAAGAAAAUGGAGAAAUGGGACAAGAAAAAACAGAGGCACGGUGCGACAGGAACCUCACCUUUGGAGAAGGCCAAACAGUCUUCCAUGGACAGUUGCUCCUCCGAGGCCGGCACGCUGCCCACCAGCGAUCUGGAAGCCGAGCUCCAACGAGGCCUGACGGAGGACUUCUACAAGAAGCUCGCCGAGUGGGACAAGCUGAGGAACCAGAAGGGCGGCGGGGGAGCCAUGAGCCCCAACAGCCCCAGGACAGAGCCCAAACAGAAGCAGAAGGGGGCUAAAGAAGGCAAGAAGGCGGCCAAGGGCAACAAGGGUACUUCCAAGGAAAAGGAAAGAGACAAGAGCAAGACUAGAGACGUCGGACAGAGGAGCAAAUCGCCGGACGCCUCCGCCGGCCGCAAGAUCUCCCCACCAACAGAGGCCAUCUACGCCACAGAGAACAUCACGGUCUUCGCCAAGCAGGGCGGCAAACUCAAACUGGAAGGGGCCUCGAAGGAGUUCUCCAAGAAAUACAAGGAGUGGGAGAAAAAGGAGAAGAAGAAGAAGAACUUCCCACCUCUCAAGACGGAGGAAAUCACCACGCCUGUUUUUGACCACGCCCAGGCCUUGCCUCCGAACUUCCGGGAUGAUGCCACCCCACCUACUCCUUCCAGUCCGACAACAAAUGAGUCUACCGAGCGCGACUCUGGUGAUCUUUACGUCAUUGCUCACGCCACGCCGGUCAUCGUUGAGCCCGUUUACGACAACGGGGAUGCACGGAUCGCCCGAGCUGGGGAACCGAUAUUUAGAACUCAGUCUGCACCUCCGGGGGCAGCGGCGCACACUCUCAACGCCGUGCCACAGGGAGAACGUCCAAGCUCGCAGCGAGUUGCCAGCAAUGAGGACGAGGUCUUUGCUCCCGGGGUGAGCUCCAGCCCUCCCAUCCCCCAGGAGAGAGUCAACAGGCUGGAACAGCGGAACUCGUUCCUGGCCGAGCAGCUCAAGUUGGACGACGUCAAUCUCCUGGCCGUGCAGGAGGAGAUUGUGAACAUGGACGAACAGAUUGCCGAGAUCUCAGGAGAAAAACCGGAGGAUCGUACGGACCGUCGCGUCAGCACGUGCUCGUCCAUCGGCGAGUCGGCCCUCGAAGCCGAGCUCUCGGACAUCAAAAUGCAGAUCGCGCAGCUGGAGGAAAACCUCAGAAAGCGACCCCGGCACAAAGGUCAACACGGGGUCAAAGGGUCAGAUGGGGUCAAAGGGCACGGGGAGGUCAAUUCGUCGCCGGAAGCGGACAGGAAAAGCGGCGAGAGCACCGAGUCGGCAGACUUUACGCCGCUCCAACUACAUGUACCUACAGUGGAAGCACAAAAGAAGGGAGGGGAAGAACCAACGUCGGAGGCGGAAACCAGUUUCGAGGCUGAAGUGCACAGCAACCUCACAGAGGCUCUUGAGAAGAGUCUACAAGAGAGGGAGGCCAUCAUUAAGUUGCUGCAGGCUCGAGUAGAUCGUCAGGCCCAGGAGAUCAACUACCUCAAGAGUGGAGGGGACAUGGCCAAUCUCUUCAAACGAGCCAAGAGCUUCACAGCCAGGGACAAAAAGACAUUCGACCCCCGGGCCAUGAAGGUUGUAGACAUCCUGAUUGAGAAGCCAGAAUUAAACAAGGUCAAGAUGCUAUCCGACGACCAAUCAGAAUCCUCGAAAUCCCUCAAGACAGACAGCACCCCCUCAUUGGAGACACUGCAUAUAUCAGCCGAAGAUAUUACAAUUGACGAUUCUACCUUGAAGAAACAAGACAAGGUGGAGCCCAGUGAAGACGAGAAAUCAAUGGAGAUACAUCCAAGCCAGUCUGUGGAGGCAAAAUCAUCUAAAGUAUCUGAAAUGGCACCUGUGGACAAUGUGCCACCUGCUCAGGUGACUGACGUCAAGAAGGCUCAGGAAGAAUAUCCUGGUCUGUAUGGACCCAUAGAAACCAAGCUCAAGCGCCGGCGAUCUCCAAGUUCAGAAUCCCGACCAAGACCCGAGGAUACUCAAGACACCCAUGCCAAGGACGGCUCAACUACGGAAGCCAGUGUUACGGACAGUCACGCUGCCGUAGAUUCCCUGCUUGCCAAGAAGAUCGAAGGGUCCCCAACUGAAGAGUUGGUGUUGAGAGAUGGCAGCAUAUCUCCAAGGUUGAAAACGAGAACAGGCGAGCAGAAGGACUGUGAAGAUAGAGGUCCAGGGUCGCCAUCUGCCACAAGCAAGAAGGUCACGCCAAAGUUUGAGCUGGUCAAACUGGCAGAUGGUCUGAAAAGCCAAGCCGUGGAGCUGAGUCCCAGGACCCAAAGAAGGCGAGAACGAGAGAGCAAACAGGAUGCCAAGAGGGAUGGCAAGGUAUCUCCUAGGUCUCCAAGAGAGGGCCGAAGAUCACCGGGAGAAAGUCCGAGAGCCUCGCCACAAGCUGGAAGACAGGAAAAAUCUGGUGACAGCAUUAUUCCAAGAGGUAAACAGGAAUCUGGGGAGAGUUUCUCGCAUAGCAAACAUGAUAAGGAAGAGAGAAGCUCUCCAAACAGACCAUCUAGAACUACUGAGCAUACAUCACCCAAAAGCGAACAACCAAGUGCGGAGAAAAUCUCUCAAAUGAAAGAAAUUGGCAAGAAAAUCUCUCAAAGACUAAGCGGUCGAGAUGAAGAAACAAAACAGGAUGCCAAGAAAGAUGAAGAGCCAAAGAUCCAGGAACAAGUCAAAGAGGAGAAACAAGUAUCUAAGGAUCAGAGUUCUGCUGGACAAGCAGAAUCAAGGAGGGAGACUUCUCCAGAGAAGCAGUGGGAUAGGAAAGCCAAAACAGGGAGAACACUCUCUCCAGAGUCUGAACCUACUUUCAGGUCUUCCAAUCGGGAAAGGGGUUCCACACCGACUGGAAGGGAGAGGGAACGACGUCCAUCAGUGGAGAAUUUGAGGGCAGCCAUUGAGAGACGACAGCGUUCAUUCUCAUCUGAUACAGCUGAUAGUGAUUUAGAGUCGCCGAGCAAUGCCAAGAAAGCUUUGGAGAUCAGACUUUCUGGUCGCAUUGGCACGGAAAGACGAGAUUCCUCGGACUCGGUCGGGAGUAACAAGCAGUUCCCCCUGGAGGGAAAGAGGGAGCCCGUGCUCAUGCGUGGCAGAGAGAAAAAGGAGGACAAAUCAGUGUCAAGCUUGCGACGUAGGUUUGUGACCCAGGAGUUUGGCAGUACGCCAAACGUGACUGAAUUGAGCUCCUUACUUGCAGGAAGAAAAGAGAAAGAACGUCCACGAGAAGGUUGUGUGAAACAAAUGAGUCAGGCGUUCGCAGUGGCUUCUCUGAGUGAGCAAGGAGCAAGUGAUAUCAGAAGGAGCAGCAAAUCAUCCAGUGUCCGUUCCUCUCCACAGAGCCUCUCUCCAGCAUCCUCAACAAGCUCCCUCUCUAACAUCGUAGCCAGUCAGAUCAAGCGUCUGCAAGACAAGGCCAGCUCAUCACCUGAGUCACCAGAGAGACGGACUUCCAUCCAGAACAAAGGCACCAAGGACACAGUGCCAUCUCUCUACAGCCUUCAUGGCAGACUAGAGCACAGGCAAUCCCUGACGAAUAUCGCUGAUGUCCGUGCAAAGUUUGAUAAGAAAACAGAGUCUUCGACAACUUCAGACAGUUCCCCAAUGGCUUCCAGGACGAGUUCACCUGCCCGGAACCCAAGGAAAGAUCCAGCCAAACCAACACUGGUACCAUCAGUGGCAGCUGCUCGCAUUAAGUACACAGUCUCUGUUAGCAAUUCAGAGAACAGCAGAUCCCAAGGCAAUUCAGAGAACAGCAGAUCCCCAAAGAAAUCUGUAUCUCCCCAUCAAAAUGGAAGCACAAGGUCUCAACGCAGGAUUGCCGUCAUUGAGUCGUCGCAAGCUGAGAAAUCAACCAAGUCGGAUUCCACCGUCACUUUCACUAUCAACCAGAAUCAGAAGCGGAGGCAAAACACGAGUCGGGGUGCAUCCAGAUUGGAAGAAAACAAUAACAACAGCAAUAACAACAACAGGAAUUUCUCUGGGAGAGCAGAAGUGCGUCGCAAAGGGUCUUCAGCUAAUCAGCCAGAUGCAUCAAACAGACCAAACAAGAAACAGGAGGAGACUGAAAAUCAAGGUGCAACCAGAAAGAACUCCUUCUCUCGAAAUGACAAAAGGAGGGGUUCACUUCCAAGACAAACGGAAUCAAGAGAAUCCUCGAGGCGAGGAUCGUUGACAAAAGGUAAAGAGUCUCCAAAGGCACAAGCAAGGAGAGCAUCCAUCUCGAAGGGCAAAGAGUCUCCUAAAAAUAGCUCUCGAAGGAAUUCCAUGACAAAGGCCAGGGACUCAAGUAAUGAAAGCUCCAAAGGAAAGAUAGUUUCAAAAGAUAAGGAGCCUUCUAAGGAUGCAUCAAGUUUGCGUACUCCUGGAAGUGAGCAAGAUGAGGAUGAGAGGAGCAGGAGACGGAGAAGGAGGAGGGAAAGGAACACUACUCCUGAGCCUCCAAGACCAGAAUCCAAAACUGAUAUAGAUAAACCUGAAGUAAAAGCUUCAGACGUAAAGUCUGUUAAAGAAAAGAUCAAAACUGGCUCCGAGCAAGAUGUCAAAGAGAAUGUAAAAGGGGAGAUUAAAAAGGAUGUCGGAACAGAUAAUAAGCCAAAGGCAAACUCAGAGAAUAAGCAGUCUAGCCAGUCAAGGGUCAAAUCAGAAAAUAAGCCUGAGGUCAAACAAGCCAUACCAGAGGCCAAACAAGAUUUCAAACCUGAGGCCAAACAAGAUGUCAAACCCAAGGUUAAACCUGAGGUCAAACCCACGGUCAAACCCGAGGUCAAACCUGAGGCCAAACCUGAGGCCAAACCUGCAGUUAAACCCGAGGUCAAACCUGAGGCCAAACCCGAGGCCAAACCUGAGGUCAAACCAGACAGAGCACAAGAAAGGAGGAAUAGGAGGGAAGAGCGUGCUCGGAGGCAGAAAGAGCGGGAAGAUGAAGCCUCCAAGGCAAAGGAAGAAGCUGCCAGGCAGAAGGCAGAGGCUGCGAGAGCCAAACUAAAGCAAGAAAUGGAGGCUGCAAGGGUCAAAGAAGAGGAAGCUGCUAGGUUGAAGGCAGAGAAACAGACAGAGGAAGCAACAAAGAAAGCCUCUCGUGUUGAAAGGAGAGAAUCCAAAAGGGCAGAGAGGAGAGGGACGCAAAGGGAAAAGUCUCUUGGGGCAACAGAUACAAAGAAAACUGCUUCUCCAUCAGAUCUCAUGCCUUCUGGGUCAGAUGCAUCUACACAUAGCAUCAGAAGGAGACAGAGCAAAAGGGAAGAGCAGAAGCCAUCCCAGGUCUCUGCAGCAGCUCAGAAAGCUGUCAAACCAGACAGCGAAGAGGAAGACCCCAAUAUGCCUGACGUCCUAGCUCAGGCACAGAAAAAGGCAUCUGCCGAAUCUGCAACGGGUGAAGAAGGCCGCAGCCCACGAGCGAUCUUGACCAACUCGGCCCUGAGGGGAGCCGAGGCUGUCAUAGGCCACGCGCUUCCUAAAUCUCCUCCCCCGGAAGAGGAGGAACCCAAGGAGGACGCUGAAGAUGACAGGAGGUCCAGGAAGGAUGCCACUCGCAGGAGCCGGGCCAUCAACCGCGGCAGUCGCAUCUCACGCCUGGAUAUCUUCAAGCGGGCCCGCUCGGUAGACAGCUCCAAGGCCAGCAAGGAGCGCUCGCCGGAUCGGUUGCUUGGAGGGGGCGGGGCCAGCAGCAGAGCAUGCUCAAUGGACAGGUCGGGCAAGAACCGCGACAAGUCACCAGGAGGAGAGGAGACCAGGAAGGGAGGCAGUUGGUUGUCCAAGAGGACUGGAUCCAUAAGCAAUUUCCUCAGGCCCUCCAACUGUCAUGACAUGGAGCUCUGGGAUGAGCUCGACGAGUGCUACUGCAUCUUGCAGAGCUGUGCUAGCAUCUACCGGCCGGCCUACGAAUACGAAGACAUGUGCCAGCUGCGCUGCCUUCGGGAGACCAGCAUCCUGACCUAAACAUGACCCCUAGCUUUUAACCUCUUGACCUCUGAUUCUACUUUGCAUGGCUUGGUGGUUGUACGGUUUGAUGCCGCUGGGAGAAGACGUACCCUUGUCAUCCGUGAUGCGUCACUUUUCAUCAACAUCCACCGAGCUCUCCAUUAAUUUAUACUCAACGGCUACUCAUACUUCCGCAACCGAAGCCACAACUUAUAUAUUUUGUUCUGAGCCCUCUUACAAAACGAAUGAUGCUAUCAUCAUUCGCAGUCUCCUUGGACCACGAUUCUUUUAUGUUGGAUGGGCAGGGGAUUUGUUAUGGGCUACGUGCGCAAGUACCCCCUCAACGGUAAGAAAGGGAGAGUUGGGGGAGACCACCGAGAGAGACAUUCAAAGCACUGCCAAUGACGCCUGAUGCUCACAUGAAGACGCUAUGGCUUUGCGCACAUUCAGAAUAUAAUUACUUGUGCGUACUUCGCGCUGCGCUAUACCAGCGCGAACCAGUACGCGCACGCGAUGUGUCGCGUUCAAUGGGCUUUCGAAGGUUGUAAAAGAGCGCCCUCUCUUGUUUGCGCACGGAGCCCAUGCCAUCCCUCUUGCAUCUUGUAUUUUUGUUCAGGAACAAUUGAAAUGGGUGUUCCUCUUAGGCUUCCAGAUUUCUAGCAUUAAUAUUGCAAGGGAGAACAUUUAUACAGGGUCACAAGUUAGUGGCAUAUACAUGUACUUAACACCUAUAUAGGUUUUAUGUCUUUUUUUUUAACGAAAACAUAGAUUUCUAGUUUUGUAUCAUUUUUAAGAAAAAAAAAAGGUCUUUAAACCAGUAAUAGGUACAGUAGAUCUGAAUAUGAUCCAGUUUUCUAAACUUGACUUAAGUAUUAAUUUAAUAACAUUGACAAAUGUAUAUCUGAAAUACCCUUGUGUACAGUGGGUCAAAAUUGUCCGAGUUGGUGAAUAGUUGAAUUUACUUGUUAGGCCCAAAAAAAUAAGUCUCCGGUUUCUGGUAUGCACGCGCCGCCGUAGCCAUGCGCGUCGGCAAAAUGAAAAAGUUUUUUGUUCCAAUAAAAGAUGAUGUCUCAAAACUGC